UCUUUUUUCCUCACAGGUUCUGCUUUAACUGACCUUCAUCCAAAUACAGUUUCAUUGCAUCCGGAUCUACACCAACAGGUUCUGACACUUUCUACACCACACUUUCUACACCACACACUUUCUACACCACACACCUUCCACACGUUUAACACCACACACUUUCUACACCACACACUUUUACCACACCUAGGUACAUCUACACCAGAAGUAUCUUCAACAUCAUCAACAUGGUCAGUUCAUCGGAGCAGGUUCUUCAUCUCAUCCGUGAAGAGGAGGAGAAGAAGAAACGGGGAGAGAAGAGGACCAGGUCUGAGCUGUUCCCUGAAGAUCCUGCAGCUCAUGAAGAUCCAGCAGUGAAGAGGAGGAAGACGCAGACCUCGACCACUGUUUGUGUUCUUACGCACAGGACUGUCGUCAGGAACGUGUUUUGUUCUCAGCUGCUGAGGUUGGUAGGAGAGUUCUUGUGCCGCCGUUGUCGACUCCUCACGGGUCUUCGUCCCACCGUUCCUCCGUUUUGGAUUCAGAACGUGGAUGUGUCGCUGACCGUGCUCGGAGCUCAGCAGCAGUCCUUCAUCUGCUCAGGCACCGUGGCCUUUCUCUACAUGCUGCUCCGUGACUCUGUCUCGGCGGAGGUGUCCAGCAUGGAGGAGCUGCGGGCGGUGCUCCUCUCCUGCCUGUAUGUAUCGUACGCAUACAUCGGCCAUGAGCUACACUAUCCAGCACGGCCUUUCAUCAUGAAGACCGACAGGCAGACAUUUUGGAAGCGAACACUGGACAUCGCCAAGCGCAUGAGCGGUAAAAUGCUCCACAUCAACACCUCUCCAGAUGUCUUCGCCAAGGUCAUUUCUGACCUGAAGAACAAGACAGACCUUUAAUUAGUAUUUUACAUUUUAA